GCAAGCCCUACAGCGUCGCCUUCCGGAAGGCGCCCAGCGCGGCGGCCGGCGCCGCCCGAGGCGGCGGUGGGGCGCCGCAGCCGCCGCCGCAGCGGUGUGCCCCGGACCUCGGCGGCGCGCUGAGGCCUGGCGCCGUGCGGGUCGGGGUGUGCUCCGAUGGCCUGGAGGUCUCAGGACUGCGAGUUCGCGGCCGCGGGAGAUGCCUGGCCACAGCGCCCAUCGUGCAGGACAGGGCCUACUGGGAG